AAGAUUCGCACAUUCGUUCUUCGGGCAGCGGUCGUUCGAUCCGUCCCGUCAGUCGACCCCUCGUGGAACCGGAAGCCGAGGGUUCUCCAGGAGGAGCAGGAUGAAGAGGCUGCUCUGCAUAGUCGCGAUGGCCGCCGCGGCCGGCGUGGCCGCGGCCGGACCCUGCGACCGGCAACUCCUGCCCGACCUGACCUUCAACCUGGGCGGGGCCCAGCUGGACUGGCCCUGCGGCAGCACCAAGAACAUCUACGAGAUGAGCGGCCGCUACGUCCCCAGGAACAUCAUCGCCACCAGGACGCAGAUCUUCAAGGACGAGGCCAUCGUGGCGAUGCCGCGCUACAAGCCCGGGGUGCCGUUCACCCUGGGAGCCGUCAGCCUGAAGAGCAAGGGCACCCCCGUCAUCUCGCCCUUCCCCUGCUGGCCCAUCCAGGAGGAGGGCAACUGCAACGCCCUGCAGAGCGCCGUCGACAUCGUCCUGGACGUCCAGGACAUCCUCUGGGUCCUCGACGCGGGCAUCGUCAACACUCUGGAGCAGCCGGUGAGGAGGUGCCCCCCGAAGGUGGUCGCCGUCAACGUCAGAACCGGCAAGGUGGUGAAGAUCGUCGACCUGAGCGGCCUGGUCAGCUCCGCCUCCCGUCUGCAGUACCUGCAGGUGGACUAUUCCGAGGACGGGAAGGUCUACCUGUACGUGUCCGACGCCGGAAACAGGUCCAUCCUCGUGUACGACGCGACGGCCGACCGCGGGUUCCGGGUGGUCCUCCCCAAGGCCGUCGUCCUGGGAUGCGCCCGCCGAGACGUCCUCUACAUCGCCCUCGUCAGGAAGCAGUGCGGCACUCCGGUCCUCUACUUCACCUACCUGGGCUCCAGCCGGCUCUUCAGCAUCAAGGCCGCCAACCUGAGGAGGGGAUCCGCCAGCGGCUCGGUCGUCGACGUGGGACCCAAGCCCAACAAGAUGGUGCUCCUCGGCUCCGACAACGGCUGCGCCCUCUUCUUCAGAUACAAGGGGCAAGCCGACGUCUACAUGUGGAACACCGGAACCGCCUUCAGGCCCGAGAACUUCCUGCUGGUGCAGAAGGGCAACGAGUGCCGACUUCCGACCCAAGUCGUCCCCGGUUACAAGAGACUGAUGUGGGUAAUCGAGAGCAACUUCCACGACUACAUCCAGAACUCCGUCGGCUGCUCCGGCGCCUCGGUGUCGCUUCACCCCCUGGUGAAGUCCGCCGAGGACUAGGCGAAGGACCUCUCUCCCUCCCUUCCCGUCCCCCUCUCUCCCGGAAGGCAGCUUCUCUCGAAGUUGGGAAGGUAAACCCCGAAGAGGGACUCUCUUCCUCUCUCUCUCUUUCUUUCCUCUUCGAGGGUGCUUUUGAGCGACAAUCGGAAAGCUCGAGUCCUCCGAGCGCGCCUCGAGGAGGACCCGGCCGAGCCGAUCGCUUUAGCCAAUUUAAGCGGAUUCGUUUAACGGAGUCCACGUCGAGCCGGCUACCAACGGCGGACUCGACGCGACGCGAACGCGGCCGAACUUGCUGGACAAAUAAUUACCAGUGCCGAAGUAAGUGCUGGAUCGAGCGUCGACCGGCGUGCCUCCGAGGAAACGACUCCCGUUUCGCGAGUCCCUCGACCGCGUCGACGGCUGACGGGCGGAGCGGUGCCGAGUCGUUUGGCGCGUCAAUAAAUCA